AUGUCCGCCAUUGACAACGAGGAUCUCAUCGAUUACGAGGAGGAGGUCGCCGUCGCUCCUUCCUCUACCACCAAUGGUGCCGCUGCUACCGGAAACGGCGCAGCCGCCACUGCCGAUGCCGACAAAGACAAGAAGGGCUCCUACGUCGGUAUCCACUCUACAGGUUUCCGCGACUUCCUUCUGAAGCCCGAGCUUCUCCGCGCCAUCUCGGAUCUUGGUUUCGAGCACCCUUCCGAAGUCCAGCAAGAAUGCAUCCCGCAGUCGAUCCUCGGCAUGGACGUCGUCUGCCAGGCCAAAUCGGGUAUGGGUAAGACGGCCGUCUUCGUCCUCGCCACUCUGCAGCAGAUCGAGCCCGUCGACGGCGAAGUCUCUGUUCUGGUUCUCUGCCACACCCGAGAGCUCGCCUACCAGAUCCGCAACGAGUACGCCCGCUUCACCAAGUACAUGCCCGAUGUCCGCACCGGCGUCAUCUACGGCGGCACGCCCGUCGCCGAGAACCAGGCUAUGCUCAAGGACAAGACCAAGUGCCCGCACAUCAUCGUCGGUACGCCUGGUCGAAUGAACGCCCUCGUCCGCGACAAAAGCCUCAAGGUUUCGGGUGUCAAGCAUUUCGUCAUCGACGAGUGCGACAAGAUCCUCGAGCAGGUCGACAUGCGAAGGGACGUGCAGGACAUCUUCCGCGCUACGCCUCACCACAAGCAGGUCAUGAUGUUCUCGGCUACGCUUGCCAAGGAGGUGCGCCCGACUUGCAAGAAGUUUAUGCAGAACCCCCUCGAGAUCUACGUCGACGACGAGACCAAGCUCACCCUGCACGGUCUGCAACAGCACUACGUGCGUCUCGAAGAAUCCACCAAGAACCGCAAGCUCAACGACCUGCUCGACUCGCUGGAAUUCAACCAGGUGAUCAUCUUUGUCAAGUCGAUCUCUCGCGCCAACGAGCUGGACAAGCUUCUGCGCGAAUGCAACUUCCCUUCGAUCUGCAUCCACGGUGGUCUUGCGCAGGAAGAACGCAUCAAGCGCUACCAGCAGUUUAAGAAUUUCGAGAAGCGCAUUCUCGUCGCCACGGACAUCUUCGGUCGUGGUAUCGAUGUGGAGAGGGUCAACGUGUCGAUCAGUUAUGAUACGCCGACGGAUGCGGACAGCUACCUGCACCGAGUGGGUAGGGCUGGAAGGUUCGGUACCAAGGGUCUGGCGAUCAUGUUCGUUAGCAGCGACGAGGACGCAGAGGUGCUCAAGCAGAUUCAGAGCAGGUUCGAGGUCGCUGUCCCCGAACUGCCCGAGACGAUCGAUUCCAGCUCGUACAUGAACGCCUAG